AUGAGUCGUUCGGGUCGAUGCAAAACGGUGCUCUUAGGUGACACAGGUGUCGGUAAGUCCUGUUUAGCACUCUGUAUCACUAAAGGCUAUAGUCAUGAACAUAUUGAAACCACAAUCGGUGCUGCCUACUUCCCACAUUCGGUUCAGAUUGAUCCUGAUACAGUGCUGAAGGUUGACUUGUGGGAUACCGCCGGUCAAGAAAGAUUUCAUUCUCUCGCUCCAAUGUACUAUCGAGAUGCUGCGGCAGGUUUAGUUGUUUACGACAUAACAAAUAGUGAGUCAUUCCGUCGUGCGAAGAUGUGGGUUAAAGAAGUACGUGCAGCAAAUGGGCCAAACAUGGUAGUGGCAAUAGUGGGCAACAAACUCGAUCUGGCUACAGGUGACAAACGUCAAGUAAACAGACAAGAAGUUAGUGAAUAUGCUGAAGAAAAUGAGUUGCUUUUCAUGGAAACUUCGGCACGACGUGGUGAUAAUGUCGGAGAAAUAUUUUUGACAGUUGCUAAACAAAUUGCUGCAAAACAACAAAUAAAUUCACCAAAUAGAACGAAUGAUACAAUUUCAGCAACAAGUGUGACAACCAAAACAACCAAAUCGAAUAUUUGUGGUAACUGUUAA